UAUUACCAAACUCCUCGGCCAAAGAAGUAUUUGAAACAUUCAAUGCAACUAAGGCAUAUUCUUUACUCGUAAUACACUUGAAUAGUACAAAGAAUCAUUCGAAGCACCCAGCUUGACUGAGGUAUCUUUUGCAUGUGAUGCAUCCACUUAGGACGAGAAAGCAUAUGAUGUAUUGCGAUCAGGGCGUUCUCUUAGUGUGUGAUGCAUCCACCCAAGAUAAAGAAACAUAAGUCACUCGAUGCAACUAACGUAUCUCCAUUGCAAGUGAUGUGUUAUAGAGGACAAAGUAUCCAAAUUGUCUAAUGUGACUAAUGUGCCCACUGUACACAUGAUGUGCCUGCUCAAGACAAAAAGCAUCCGAAGUGCCCAAUGCGAUGAGGGUGUCUUCUUUGUGCAUGACGCAUUCGUCAAUGACAAAUAAGCAUUCAAAGUAUCCAUCAUGAUUAAAACGUAUGAUUUUCAUGACACAUUUGCUUAGGAUAAAGAAGCAUUUGAAUCUCCCCACAUGACUAAGGUGUCCCUUUUACUUGUGAUGCAUCCACUUAGGACGAAAAAGCAUGCAACGCGUUUGAUGUGACUAAAGAAUCCCUUGGCGUGUGAUUCAUCUGAAGUGACCAAUAUGACCAAGGCAUCUCCGCAUGUGAUACAUCCGCCCAUGACAAAGAAACAUCCAAAAAACCUAAUGCAACUAAAGAGUCUGGGUAUUAUAAUUUAAUAUUUUAUGAUUAUUUUAUGAAUAUUAUAAUUUAAUCCAAAAAACCUAAUCACAUAAAUGUCAUAUUUACAUAAAUAAGCUUUUCUAAUCUGGGUAUUAUAAUUUAAUAUUUUAUGAUUUGGUCUUUAAUUCACCUAUUAUUCAUCGUCCGAGAGGUCGGGCAACAACUUGUCGAUCCUUCACCAUGGGGAUAAUCUCAUCAUCUUACUUGGAACUCUAUUUAGUUGUUCCUUUGCAUCAUCUUGCUCCUUUGUUUCUCCCUUCAAGGAUGUGUUGAUCCUCGCACAAGAAGAGAAGUUAUAUAGAGGAAGGAAGAAAGAAUGGUGUUGAUUAAGUUGCACGAAGUUCUCAAGAGCACGGUGGAGCUACUCACAAGGCCCCGCACUGUUUCUGCCUUCAAGAAGAAGGGCGUCCUUAGCAUCUCUGAGUUCAUCCUCGCUGGUGAUAACCUCGUCGCCAAGUGCCCCACCUGGUCUUGGGAGGCAGGCGAGCCGAGCAAGAGGAAGUCCUACUUGCCAGCUGACAAGCAAUACCUCAUCACGAGAAAUGUACCUUGUCUAAGGAGGGCUAGUUCAAUGGAAGAAGAAUACGAUAUUAUAGGAGAAGAGAUUCUUUUUGAUACUAAUGAUGAAGAUAUUAUUGGUUGGAUAGUAACUCAUCGGAAGCCAAGAGAGAUCAAGCAUUAUAAGGAGGAAGCUAUACCUUCCAUUGAGUCUGUGGAAAUUGACAAACGUGAGACUGUCACGUUCAACCCCAUUUAUUUUGCUGUUGAGGAGGAGGAAGACAUACCUGACAUGGCAGAUUCUGAGAAAAAGACAGAAACAGUCAUCCUUCCAUCAACUCAUCUUGUUGCAAAUGAACUUGAGGAUGACAAAAUUCUUCGGACUCGAACAUAUGACGUUAGCAUAACGUAUGACAAAUAUUAUCAAACUCCUCAUGUGUGGCUAACUGGAUAUGAUGAGUGGAGGAUGCCUUUGCAGCCAGAACUUAUAUUUGAAGAUGUGAACGAAGACCACACACAGAAAACAGUGACAAUUGAAAAUCAUCCUCAUUUGUGCCUGAAGCAUGCAUCUGUACAUCCAUGCCGUCAUGCCGCUGUCGUAAAAAAAAUGCUGGAUGUUCUCAUAUCACGCGGAAUUGAACCAGAAGUUGACAAGUACCUUUUCUUGUUCUUGAAGUUUAUCUCCUCAGUGGUUCCGACGAUCGAGUAUGACUACACAAUGGACUUUGAUCUUUGAAGUUCCAGUCACCAACAAGAGACAUGAACCCUGCCACGUGAGGUACUUAUACAGCAUGAUGAUAUGCCCAAUUAGUGGCACAUGCUCAUCCAACUUUAUAUGGAGCUUAAUGAAAGAUUCUUCUUUUUGUGGUCAGCGACAAAGAUUUGUAUAAGCUUAUGUUGUAUAAUAGUCAUAAUGAUACUAUUGAACGGUAGAUGUGAUAGUCACAAAGCUAGAUUAGAUUAUGUUUUUUGCAGGAUUGAGAUGUCAGUGGUGGAAUUGUAAUACUCCAUUCUGGUCAAACAUUGAAUGCUAGAGGAUGUUUGAAUUG